AUGUACUUAUGUUUGAACAGCAUGAUGGUGAAAAUAUCUCAAGGAUAUAACUUCUUAGAUUUGUUAUUAGUAAUUAGAUUAUUUCAAGUAUUUUCAAUGUAUAUUUGA